AUGUUUAAAAAAGUUUUCAUUACUGUUUUCCUUCUGAAAGUCUUGGAACUAUCAGCAUCAGGAGGAAAUACAAUCCGUGAAUUUUAUGACAAAACUAUCAACAGCGUCAGCAAGGAUGAAUAUUUUAUUAGAAUUGAGGACCAAGACUGUCUAAAAGAGAAGCUAAAGCUCAAUAACCCUGCAAGUGAAAUUGAUCGAAAGCUCAAGUUUAGUGAUUUGGAAAUAAUUUUCAAAGGUGCUGGAAUAAGCUGCAGAAGUGAUAUUGAUCAAGUUCUUUUGAAAGAAUUUAAUGACGACACAGAAGCAAAGCUUAACAUUGACGAGGACAUCGACCUCAAUUGCCUAAAGAAUGAGCUUUUUAAACUAGAUCCAAAUUCAAAACUCAUCGAAGGCUUCGAUCCAGCCACAGUCGCGAACAAACAAGAAUUCUGUCAGAAAAAUCUCGAGGAAGUUGAAGAAGGUUUAGCAGCCCUGCAUGAACUAGAACUUGGUAUCGAAGGCAACAACGACUUCAGACAAUGCACAAAUGUUGACAAAAAUAUUCACAAGAUCAUUCAUUACAAGACAUUGAUCAUAUUGUCGAAGACUGUUGGGGAAGAGAACAUGAAAGCUGGACGGAAAGAUAUUGUUGACUUCCAAAAGAGCACUGGAAAGGCUCAAUUUGAAUGCAUUAUGAAUGAAUUGGGUAAAUAA